AUGGCAACCAUCCACAAGCUCUUCAAGUCGCCUUUUUUCGACUUCGAGUUCCUUCGUCUACUGGCCAUGGCGCCACACGAAGGGGCCGAGAUCGGGGAAGCUCUAGAAGCAGCGUCCAAGAUCAAGGACCAAGAUCCAGAGUCAUGGUACAGCACGCUCCUUGAAACCGGCAAUAAGGCGGAAUCAUAG